AUGGUUGAAAAAAAGUAUACAAAGAUUUAUUUCCGACUCCUCCCCAGCGAAACAAUGGCCUGGGACUACCUAAAAAUUCUAGACGAUCACAAAACAAUUUACAUAAGGUGUCUGCAAGAACUUAACAAGGCAAAGGAGAGUGUGGUCCCCACUUUUUGGACGUUUCACUCCGACCAAGUCUUUUUCAACCACACACAAAAGGAGAUUUACGAUACUAUCACUCCUGACGUGCUGGACAAUCUUUCCAACGGACGGGAUGCUAUUAUUAUGGCAUACGGCCAAACAGGCACCGGUAAAUCAUUAACAAUAAACGGCUUGCAGAACCCCUUCGAGAACAGGGGAAUCCUGCCCCGAGUCAUAACAGACUUGUUCCACAAUUUGAACAAGGAGGCUUCCAGAAACAUUAAAAUGUGCAUCCAAGCUUCUUACGUUGAAUUUUCAAGAACAAACAUUUACGACUUGUUGCAACCGUACCCCAAUUCGCUCGCCUCCCUCAAAGAAAUAACAAAAGUUAAGAUACGGAGUGAGGAGGAAGCGUUGAAAAUUAUUUUUAGGGGCGAGGGCCGCAAGGUCUUUGCUGAGAGCGCCUCUUACCCUUCACAUUCCUCAAGCAGCAUUUUCACCUUUUAUAUCAAUAAAAAAAAUCUCGAAAUGCAAGACAAUGCGAUAAGAAAGUGCAAGCUGCACGUUGUCGACCUUGCGGGGGCCGACACUGUUGGGAAUUUCAGCUGUUCUUUUAAAAACCCCUACGAGAUUGGCACAGCGAAUUUAGCUAAAACGCAACUCGAGCAGUUUUUUCUAGUCUUGUGUUCGCAAAUCCCCGAACAGAUUAAACUGAGGCAGAAGCUAAACCCCAUGAUUCAGUAUUUGGGCGAUUCGUUAAAUAAUUCAAGCAUUUUGCGUCUCAUUGGUCACAUUCGGGUCUCGAGGGAGGAUUUAUUGGUGACAAUCUCAAUGCUGAGGUUUGGCGAGAUAAUAGGCGGGCUGAAGUCGAUGAAAUGUGAAGUCAGUAUUAAUAAAGAAGUCACACAGGAGAGAGUUGAAAGCUUGGAAAGGGAAUUAGCGAGGCUCAAGCUUGAAAAUACGUACAAUACGAUUUUGAUGCAUCAAGACCUGGCCAAAUCACUAAACGAGGAAAGGUUUGCUCAUAUUGAAAGGACGGUGAACGAAUUUUUACAAAACAAAAUUUCUCAUCUCACGUUAAUGAACGUUUGCGAUGUUAAUAUCGCUUUAGAGAUUUUGCGAAUGAUUUAUAAAAAAUGUGAGGAAGAAAAAAAGGAAGUGAUUGUGACGAAACACAGCAGUACUAUUGGCAGUCACAAAGCGCACUCGAAAUCGUCUCGUCUUUCACACAAAACUUCGUCUACUGAGACUCUGCCUAAAGAAAAAACCCGGUCGGGUUCAGCCGCUGCUGUUUUAAAAACCCCAAGUAAAGUGGGAUCGCAACACGAAACAGGAUCAAAAACCAAGUCAAGAACCAGUAGUUCAAGUCUGUUAAAGCGCGCAUCCGCCACUAAGAGAAAAUCAAGCUCGAGUGCCUCCCUUUAUGACAAAACCCGGGAGAAGUCGAAGUCCAAACAGUCAUUUGAGACAGCUCUUAUGCCGCAAAUUCCCCCCGAGUAUCACGAGGCCUGGCAGGCGUACGUUACCGACAAAAACGACGAAUUUUCCCGUUUUCAGCAUUUUUACGAGAAGAAUGAAACCGUCGCGAAAAACCUUUACCGGACUUAUCUCAACGAUUUGGAUCGGUUGAGAGAAAUUUCCUCACGGGUUGAGAAGCACAAGCACGACUUGUUCCUGGCUCGCAUGACUCGAGAGUUCCAACGCGCAAACAUCGACAAGGGCGAAACGGUCAGUGAGUUUGAGAAAUGCUCCACAAGCCAGUUGGAAACCUCACAACAGGAGCAACUGGAAGUGCAAGAGUCGGUACUGAGGUGUCAGACCGAACUUAAAGCAUAUAUUAAUGCUUGUAAGGAGAUUAAAAGAGAUGUGAAACGCCAUUUCGAUUUGUUUUGUAAAGAAAAAUAUAAUUUGGAGAUUCCUGGCUUGGAGCCUUGCGAGCCCGCUAUGGAUAUUGUUGCAACGUUAGCUCAGGAGGAGGAAAAAAUGGUGAAGGAAGUGCAGGCGCAGGAUGAUAACCACGAAAUGUGCGAAAUUAAGCGGUUUGAGCGAUUUAAAAAUUUGAUCGAAUACGAGAAGAGGAGGAAGAGGUUGUAUCAGAUGAAACACAGGGAGUGGGUGGUUUACUAAAAAAAUGUACAAUAAAAAUGUACAAAAUA